UAAUCCAAAUGUCCUUCAACUUUCUAUUAACCUCUCUUUCAAUUUUGGCUUUCUCAUGGAGUUGUAAUGGUGAUAUGAUAGCUGAUAUAUGUGCUCAGUCAAAGUCACAAGCAAUUAGCCCCACAACCUGUGCCCGAUUUAUGAGGUCGGACUCACGCUCCCACGAGGCCACUUUAGGCACCUUAGAGCAAAUUGCCAUCAAGAUAGCCAAAGUCGCAGUUAAAAACACUAUGAAUGUAGCCAAGUCGAUCAGAGACCUCAACAACACGGGCGAGAUUAGUGUGUGCGUGAAAGUGUGCAACAUCGCCAUUGACAUACUGAACCAUACGACCAAGAUGGACAAAGACAAUAAGCAGAUCGCGCUCUCGGGGGCCGCAACGUAUGUCGCGACGUGCGAUGAUGCGUUCGAGAUGAACCCCGGUGAUCAGAUGCCGGCCGAGUUGAAGGAAGCCAGCAAGAUUGCUCAAGGCCUCAUCCUUGUUGUUCUCAUCAUUGCAAGCAGGCCGUAGCCCACCAUGAAUUGAAGAUUGAAUAAACUUUGUUAUUGAUGGUUUAUGAUUAUGGUAUUUUCAUAUUUUGUGAACAACUAGUCAUAUUUUGACUAUUUGUCUUGAAUUAGGGUGACACAUUAAAUGUGAUUGUGUUAUC